AUUGAACGAGUGAGGUCUGUGCAUUAAGCGAAAUCCACUUCUCGCAAGAAACGCAUGCAAAAUUGGCCAUCGAUGUGCACAGCCCAUCGUACGACGUACUACGUGAUGACUAGAGCAAAGCCAACGAUUGGGUCGAACCGAGGAGAGACCUUCAAAUACGAUACGCACACACUUUUGCAUUCACUGCUGCACUUGCCUUGGUGUCACACGUUUUGUCUCGUGCAAUCCGGCUGGACCGUGUCGUUGUAUAUCAAGCUGCUAAAGCUACACGCACUUCCAGACUGUUUACAGUUUCCUAUCAAACCAAAAGAAUAAAAGGGUUCAUAGUGCCCAGUCAUCCCGUCAUUCUUCAAAAAUCGUGGAAGGAAUAAGUGCAAGUACGAGUGAGUUUUUUUACAAUUGGAGUUUAUCGAAGCGAUACCCGACCCCAUAAAGUUGAAAAACUGGUGAGCAAGAUUAUAAGUCAAAAAUAAAUAACAACAAGCAAAAGAUUCUCAAGUGCUCGACGUUUUGCAUCAAUUUUGAUGUUUUAAUAGUGAUUUAGUAAAUUAUUGAAAUUUACAAGUGCGAAAUGUAUUCGGAUUGGUAGAAUCGUGCUGAGUGGAGAGGAGGAAAGUUGAGACGGUGAUAUUCUGCCUGUUGAGAAAAGUGAGACACUUUGAGCCGUGAGCGUGAGAGACAGUGAGUGAGGGAUCUCCGAGGAUUGUACUACAAUUCCAGUAAAUCAAUAGAUUUCUGAAUUUCGUUCACCAUGAAGCCAUUGGGAUCACCAUGUCUUCACAAGUCCAAUUUGAAGGCGCUGAUCAGACCUCCUGCGACCAGGGAGUUGCAAUCGUCUCGUGUCCACGACCUAACCGCUUCAGUAUCCGCAACGGUGGCGCCGAUGCCACCACGCGUUGCACCCCAACAUCCUGUGAGUGGGGGUGGCACGCUGUCGGACCAAUCCGUAGAGCAGAAACGACUCCUGAUACGGAAACAAUUAGUCAUUCUGCUCCACGCGAUUGUGUGUCGACGUCGAGAUCUCCUUAACACGACUCGUGAUACAUCCUCGUCUCAGCCGUGCAACGUCCCUUUCUGCGGACUCAUGAAGACUGUUCAACUGCAUUUAAACUCCUGUAAAGCUGGAAGAACUUGCCCACAAACCCACUGCGCCUCGUCAAGACAGAUUUUAAUUCACUGGAAAUACUGUGUGAAAGCAGAGUGUCCAGUUUGUGUGUCUCUGCGAAAAGUCGUUCCAACCAGUUUGUUACAAAUAUUCCCAAAUCCCCUCUGCCGAGCUGAAAUCAUGCAAAGAAUCGCGAGGCAGCAGCAAAAUGCAAGUCAUUCUGAAGAAGACGAUGCUGUUCCGGAACUUAUGGAGAGUGAAGAAUGAUCGUCACACCAAAAUUCGUUUUUUUUGUCGCAAACGUUUGUCACUACUAGUUUGAAAAGUUUUCUUAUAAAAAGUGCUUUAAAAUUGACUUGUCCAAGUAACAAAUUCGAUAUAUUGCAUUCAAUUGUUGAUAAAAUUUGUGAGUAUUAGUUUACGUAAUUUUUGAAAUCGUCAAAUAUUUAGAUGAUUGCAUUUUUUAUAAACAAGCCAAAUUGUGCGUUUCCUAUCAAACGUUGUCUACGUCGGAAACGAGAUCAACUCGCAGUCGUUGGUGGAUUGAGAAAGCAUACAAACAGAAUGAUAAUGACGUUAAUCAUGAAACUAGUGUUUGUCCAAAAAUCGCUUUUAAUGCAAUUUUAAACGCAGUCAGUGAUUUAUGGACAGUUAAUUCAUCAACAAUUUGGGAAUGUAGAAGAGAAAUAUACACUUUAUUGGAGAGAGAAAGCAAUGAUCUGAUUUAUUAUAUUUUAAUUACAUAUUUAUGCCUAUAACCCAUGAUUCAAAUGUUUCGUUGUUAACAUUAUAUGAGAUAAAUAAAAUAUUAGUUUCGCACACAUUAA